UUCUCUUUCCGGUGAAGGUCCGCCAUAUUUUCAUUAUCGAGUUGUUCGUUCGCCGGGUCUGUAAGGUGGAUUCUGGUGAAUGACAAAUUUAUUAAAUUUCUAAAUUCUCUCAUUUGAGAGUUUGAGUGUAUUUCAGAUACUUUUCAUCCAACACCACCACGUAUAAAACAUCUUUCCAGAGGUCUUCGAAAGCUUCAAAAGCAAAAUGCAGUACAACAGCUUUCAUAAUCAACAUCCAAUUUUCAGACCUCGCUUAGACCGGAAUGAACAAUUCGGUAAGAUACCUUUUUUCAAUGACUUUGGGGGCCCUAAGAACUUUGCCCCCAGAAAUAUGGGCAAUAAAAAUUUUAGACCCAGAAAUGAUUAUAAUGGUAUAAGGCCAGAAUUUAAUGGUCACAAAAAUGAUAAUGGUAAUCAGAAUGAUUUUGGAGGUCCAAAAGAAUAUAGACCCAGGUAUAAUUAUAACAACAAUCAGAUGCAAAAGAAAAAUGAGUAUGAGGGUGAUAAAGCAUCUGGCAGCAAUAUGCAGUUCUAUAACUCUAAAAAUGAUUUUGGUGGUCCUAAGCAGUCUGGAUUCCAGAAAAAUGGAUUUGCUCCCAAAAGUUACAAUAAUCCAAAUGGAUCUCCAACUAAUGCCCAACAACAACAGUAUAUUCAAAAGAAAGUUUUUAAUUCCAACAAUGGACAAAAUCAAGACUUCAAUGAUCGUAAAUUACAAAGUAGAAAAGCCAAACAUCCUGGUGAUGGAUUAGUUAAACCUGUAUGGGACAUGGGACAACUUGAAACAAUUCAAAAGAACUUCUACAAACCACAUGCUAAUGUUGAAGCCCGUACUGAGGAAGAGGUCCAAAGAUACAGAGCUGCUAAGGAAAUUACUGUGAGUGGUAAUAAUGUGCCAAGACCAAAUCAGAUGUUUGAUGAAGGCAAUUUCCCAGACCAUGUUUUGAACACUAUCAAAGAACAAGGUUGGGAAGAACCUACUGGUAUCCAAGCACAAGGAUGGCCUAUUGCUCUGUCUGGUCGUGAUAUGGUUGGUAUUGCAUCCACUGGAUCUGGAAAGACACUAGCGUACAUGCUUCCUGCAGCAGUUCAUAUUGUACAUCAACAGAGGAUACAGCGAGGUGAUGGUCCUAUUGCUCUCAUUCUGGCACCUACUCGGGAGUUAGCUCAGCAAAUUCAAUCAAUAGCCCAAGCUUACAGUGCUCGUGGAUGCAUUAGAAACACUUGUCUCUUUGGUGGUUCUCCCAAGGGGCCCCAGGCUCGAGAUUUAGAAAGAGGAGUUGAGAUUGUUAUUGCUACACCAGGACGUCUGAUUGAUUUCUUGGAAAGGGGCACUACAAACUUGCGCCGGUGCACUUAUUUGGUCCUUGAUGAAGCUGAUAGGAUGUUAGACAUGGGUUUUGAACCUCAAAUCCGUAAAAUCAUUGAGCAAAUCCGCCCUGAUCGUCAGGUACUGAUGUGGUCUGCUACCUGGCCGAAAGAGAUUCAAGCUUUGGCUGAAGAUUUCUUAACUGAUUACAUUAAAGUCAACAUUGGAUCUCUUAACCUGUCUGCAAACAACAACAUCAAGCAAAUUAUUGAAGUAUGUGAAGAGCAUGAGAAGGAGGUGAAACUCAGUAACCUAUUGAAAGAGAUUGCAUCUGAAAAAGAUAAUAAAGUAAUUGUAUUUGUAGAGACUAAAAAGAAGGUUGAUGAUAUUGCGCGUGCCGUGCGUCGUAACGGGCAUAAAGCUUUGGCCAUCCAUGGAGACAAAUCACAACCAGAGCGAGAUGCAGUUCUCACAGAAUUUCGUAAUGGAUCUACAACCAUACUUAUUGCCACUGAUGUCGCUGCGCGUGGAUUGGAUGUGGAAGAUGUGAAAUUUGUGGUCAAUUUUGAUUACCCUAAUUCUUCUGAAGAUUAUAUUCAUAGAAUUGGUCGUACUGGACGUUGCCAGCAGUCUGGUACAGCUUACACCUACUUCACCAGUGGAGAUGCCCGUCAAGCCCGUGCUCUGGUCGGUGUGCUGCGUGAAACUGGACAAAAUCCACCAGCAAAGUUGAGCGAAAUGGCAAGAACCAACAACAAUAGUUCUGGUCGCAACCGUUGGCAACAACGCAAAGAAAACAACAGUGGAUCCAGCUCUCCACGCCAAAAGAGCAACCAAUGGAAUAACAAGAUGGCUAAUGGAUCCAGUGAUGAUGGACAAAAUACUUUCCAGGCACAGAACUUUACACAACAACCACCACGCUUUACAAACCAGAACCAAAACAAUCAAGGCUAUAGACAAAAUAAUUACCAGAAACCAGUACCAUUCCCAAGUCCUAAUGUUUUUGAUUCUAUGGGCACUUACCAAGGGGGUUACAACAAUGGUUAUCAGAAUGCAUAUAAUAACCAAAAUGGCUAUGGUCAACGGCCCUAUAAUAACACCCGUAACAAUGGGCAGCAGUAUCGUAAUAAUAAUAACAGUGGCAACAAGUCCAGUGGAUCGGGCUCCUCAUAUGGAUCACCACCACCUCACUUUGCUACCCCUGCUCACUAUCCACAAAUGCAUCCACAUCAUCAGGAAAUGCUUGGAGGCAAGUUCUAUGGCGGUGGUGUCGGUGGAGGAGGCCCCUGCGGCUACCAAGCUACUGUCGGCGCCGGAGUGCCCUACCCACACCUACCCCCAGGCCCUCUGCUAUAUGCUGCACCCGUUCAGCAAUAAACAUCUACUACAGUCCUAUGGGUUUGCCAGAAAAUAUAUAUUUUAAAUUAGUUUACAUGAAAUUCCAUGUUUAUAAAGAAAAGUUUUUAUUUAGUUUUGUAAUAAUUUAAAUCAAAGAUGAGUUAUUUUUACAUUGUGUUAGAGAUAAAAGGUUCUGGCAAUCCUCAAUUUAAUUAUAGGUUGCACACUUUCUUUUUUUAUCAUAUCAUAUAUUUUUCAUGAUAGUUGGGUGUCUCAAUAUUGAAUACUGUUAAAACUUGAUUGAUUUGUACUUAGUUAUAACAGUUUAGAUUUCAUAUUUGGGAGGUGUUUUUUAUUAUCAUUUAAUAUUAAUUAACAAUGUUUAGAUCUGAUUGAAAGCUUGCAAUUCACAUUUAUUUGUAUGGCUUGUUUUAAUUUGACAAAAACGAUGAUUGUUGUUUUGAGAGAGACAAUUUCAUACAUGGAUAUUGUAAACUAAAUGUUUUUGUGAAUUAUCUUUCAGAUCGAUUUCAAUUACUAAAUAUAUAAUAAGUGUGUUAGUAUUAGGGAUAAUUUUUUGUUAGUCACAUCAUGGAAAUGUUUGAAAAUAUGCAUAUUUGACAUAUUCAAAUCUAAUUAAAAUUGCUGAUAAAUUAGAUGUCAUGUUUUAAAUAUAACUUUUCAAUUGAGAAAAAUUUAGGCCAGCAACUAUGCUAUGUGACUAACAAGAGAUGGUCCACAUAAUUAUGGUGGAUUAAAUGAGCAGUAUGUCAUUACCACCUUUAGAUUUUAACAAUCACUAUUUGUUAGAGUAGUCGGUGUUGGUACCCUCUUAUGUAUCCCUGGGUGCCUUUCGUUUUAAAUGUCUGUAUGAUGUACGAAAUGCACGAAACAUAUAGAAGAUGUGUGAAAUUCUAGGGAAGGUUUUCAAAUGCUGAUAUAGUAUCUGAAUAUUUUAUAAAAAUUAUUACUUUAUUGUUAAUGAUGAUCUUAUCCAGUGAAAAUGAGGGACAACUUAGUAUAAGAAAAUUUAAAUGCUUUUGAUACAACUCAGACCAUCUGUAUUGCCAGAUAAAGACAUAUAUUUUCUUUUGUAAUAUAAUGUGAUAUUGCUCACAUUAUGAGUCAACAUUAUUUUUUACGAAAAUUAGAUCUUAUAUUGAGUAUUAUGCCUAGAAGUAUGAGUCUAUGAAGACAGCAUAGACAUUAGGGUUUUGAAUUUUAAAUUCCUCCUAUGAUGUUCAACAAAGUUAGAAAUGUAAAUACAUGCAUUUAACUUAGGAAGAUUAAUAUUUUGAUCUUUAAUACGAAUAAUCGAACAACGGUUCCAAUUCGUUUCUUAGACACAUAAGUGAUUUCGUCAGAUUUGUUUUUCGAUUAUUUUUGUAAUUGUAUUUCACAUAUUAUGUCUAGUAGCUAUUUACUGGAGUUUCUUUGUACGUAAAGGGGUUCUAAGGGCUAAGGAAAGUGGUCAAUUGGUACAAAAUAAAGCAGGUAGUUAUUGUGAAUUGUUCUAGAAGCCCAUUACUGUCCAAAGAGGUAAAAAUCUGUGAUAUUUCAUUACUGUAUCCUAUAAACCUAUCAUUUCGUUCGUCAAUUGUUAAUACAUAAGAACACUUCCACAUGGAGUGUUUUACUAUACAAAAAAUAUAUUUUUUGACUAUUUGAGCGAAUUUCAUGAAGAAUGUUUGUGACUACAAAGCUUUCAAGUCAUUCACAGAUGUAUUAUAUGAUAGGUGUAAGGUUUAAUAUUUUAUUGUUAUUCAGUUUAGUUUCACGUUUUAUCUUGAGGUGACAAAAUUGUACCAGUUCAAAAGGGACGUAAUAGUUAUUAUCUCGAAAUCCCAUUCUAGACUGCAUCUCGGAUGAUGGAUGAUGUAUGUUUAUGACGCGCGGGUAAAAACUUGUAUGGGGGUGAACAAUACGUGGGUCUCGUAUAAUACAUGUCAGAUACGAGGUUUAAUUUUUAUGUACAUUAUAAGAGAAAGACUGCAAUGAUAGAGUAUAAUUAUGCAUAUUUUCAUCUAAAAGAUGAUUCUUCUAGCCUGUACUGUCGUUAGUUUUGUGAAAGUUGUUAUACAAAGAUAAUUUAUUCGAAGUAGGACGGCCGGGCUAGAGUAGAUAGUUGCGUAUAAUAUCGGCAAGCGUGUCAUGUCGAGUAUGGUCACGGAUUUGCAGGGGAGCUCCUGUAUUUAAUAUGUACAAAGUACUGUACCCACCUCUACUAAACAACUGUGAUAAUAACACUAAGUAGCUUAACAGGCAAUUUAUAUACUAGUUACGUCCAAGAGAAGGAAUGACAUCAUAUCUGACAUAUUGUAUUGUGAUAAUAAAUAAUAAAUAUCAAGGCGCGUUUAAUAAACACUUUCGUCGCGUUGAUUAAACUUUUCUCUAAACAAGACUGAUUAUGAUUAUUUCUAUUUGAAUAUUUUAUACUCGUUCCACUUUUGACUGAAUGAAUUAAGAUGUCUGUAUUUAUAUUGGUAGUUUCCUCGUGCUGUGUGUUUUUUUCCAAAAUUUAUUAUUCACUAUGUUGGAUAUGUGUCAAAACGUCUUUCUAAGCAGUCACCGACUUGAAUUUGUAGGUAUUUCUUUUCAUAAGUGAAUCCCACUUUUUUUGUUGUGAUGUUGUUGACAAAUUUGUGGCAGCGACAAACUGAGGUUAUGAAAAGGUUUUAUUAUUUGUUGUUUAAUUGCAAAAUUUUAUUUAUUCAACCAGAUUUUCUCAUAGGCAUAUUGUAAAGUUCAUGCUAAACUAUACAAAAUAUUUAAGAAUUUAUUUUCCAAAUUACGGUUUGUCAAAAAUAUUAAUAGAUUUUUAAGUAUGUGGCAAUGCAGAUCUUCAUAAAUAUUAUUCCUUAUAAAAGUACAUAGUUUGUAUCUAUUCAAACUUGUUUGUAUGUAUGUAAAAAUGGAGAGAGGCUCCGUAUAAAACUGUCCCAAAGGGAGGUCUUCUGAAUGUUUCUAAGAAGUGCAUUUCUUCUAUGUAAUACAGUAUUAAAAUUCCGAUUAAUAAAUUGAUGUAUUAAA